AUGACUUUCAAGAAAUUUGAUCCGCCUACCUUUGAUGGAGAGGAUGUAGAUCCGUGGGUCAUUGAGAUGUGGAUCGAUUCCAUAGAAACACUCUUCGAGAAUCUGUACACGUUGGAGCGAGACAAGGCAAACCUAGCCGUGCACUAUCUGAAACAAUCGGCGAAGGUGUGGUGGAAAGGCGACAAACGAGAUCGAUCGCUUAGUCUCCCUCCUAUGGCGGGGGAAGAAUUUCGGGGAUUGUUGUUCUCUGCUUACUUUCCCGAUAGUGAGAAACGGAAGCUUCAGAAAAGGUUCCGGAAGCUCCGGCAAGGAGGUCGCUCAGUCAGGCAAUACAAGCGAAAAUUUUCUCGUCUCGUGCAUUGUGUCUCAGACGUAGUACGGGAUGAUAAGGAUAAGGCCGACUGCUUUGUGCGUGGACUUCGGCCGGAUCUUUAUAAUCCUGUGCUGAUGCUUAAGUUGCAGACUUUUGUGGAAGUCCUAGAUCGGGCCUUGUGGAUAGAACAAGGCGAGGCAUCUCUGCGGGAGAGGCGCGAGGCCUAUCACAAGGAAAAGGGGAAAGGACGACCAACGAGUGAACAUGAUGGUCAGUCAAGUUCCCAACAGACCUCAGUGAGUUCGCGCUCUCGAUCUCGAGCUCCGGGAACGUAUCACAUUCAGUCCUCGGUGAGAUGUGCAGUUUGUGGGGGCCCUCAUUUCCCACAGCAGUGUGAGCAGCGAGAGGGCAAGUGCUUCAAGUGUGGGCUGCCGGGCCAUAUGCGGGACGAGUGUUCGCAAGGUGAUAGUCGGGCCUUGACGCUGACGACGGCCUAUUCCUCUCCGGGACAACCUGCAGGUGUGCCACCUGCGGUAUGGUCGGGGGAGCAGCCGUUGAGGACGAUGCAACCAGAGGGUUCGCGGCGAGCCCCAAGUGGCCAUGGAUAA